AUGGUGUCAGGUCUCGCUCCCUCAGCAAAGCCGUUGCCUCACCAUCGCCGCCCUGCAAAACGAGGAUUACUAGAGUUCCGGAGGGAUCGGAGCCACGCUCUUACAUCGAGGGUAAGAAUCACCAUGCUCAGGCAGCAGAAUCCAGGCGGCGAUAGCGAUGGCGAUGGCGCCGGCACGCCUUUGUACCUCGGGAUAGACUUCGGAACUUCCGGAGCAAGAUACGCCCUCAUCGACAAGAAGGAGCCAUCCAUUCAGAAGGGAAACGAGCUUACUGUGCUCCUGCAGGUCGGCGACGCCGCCACGGACUGGGCGAGCUCCUGGCGAGCGGCGCUCUUCCAGCUCCUCGCUGACAUCCCGCCCGUCCACCGCCUGUCCAUCUCCUCCAUCUCCAUAGACGGGACCUCGGCCACCACGCUCAUCGUCGACAGACGCCGCCGCCGCGACACCGGGGAGCUUCUCGCCGGCCCUUUCCUCUACAACGAGAGCUUCCCGGACGCGCUGCCCGCCGUGGAGUCGAUCGCGCCCGCCAACCACACAGUGUGCUCCGGCACCUCCACGCUCUGCAAGCUUGUGUCGUGGUGGACCUCGAGCGGCGGCGGCAGUCGUUCGGCGGCGGUGCUGAUGCACCAGUCCGACUGGCUCCUCUGGCUCUUGCACGGCCAGUUCGGCGUCUCUGACUACAACAGCGCGCUCAAGGUGGGCUACGAUCCGGAGCUCGACGCCUACCCGAGCUGGCUGACGUCGCAGCCGUAUUCCGGCAUGCUGCCUUCCGUCAGAGCACCUGGCACUCCCAUUGCUGCACUCAAAGGUGAUGUGCGCCCACAGUACGGGCUCUCCAAGAAGUGUGUUGUGUGCACCGGAACCACCGACAGCAUUGCGGCGUUUCUUGCAGCCCGCAGCAGUACUGAACCAGGAAGAGCUGUGACGUCGCUGGGGUCAACACUGGCGAUCAAGCUGGGUGAGCGAAGUCCGCGUGGACGACGCGAGGCCAAGGGGUACAACCUGCUCAAGGAGCUCGGCGCGACGGCGGUGGAGGAAGUGUUCACAGCAGGGGGAGGAGCGCAGAACGACAAGUGGACGGCCAUUCGGGAGAGGGUGCUCGGCGUGCCGGAUUCAGGAGUCGGUGAUUCGUCGGUGAUUCGUCAGAAUCCUGAUGAAGAAGAAGACGGCUACAUCGAGCAGGCCGGGCCCAGCAACAGGCCCAGGUUCAGGAGGAGUAACACGACGGUGUUUGGGCCAUAG